ACAAAAACCUACCACCUGCCACUUUCACUCCACCACACACCCACACCCCCGCGCCAUGGCCUCUCCUCCCCCGACCUCCCUCUCCUCCCCCCACCUCAUCCAUCUCCGCCUCCAACCCCUACCCAGCGUCCCGCCGCUCCACCUCACUACCCUCCCCUUCCUGCGCUCCCUCCCGCUCCACCUCCACUCGCUCCGCCUCAACCGACCCCACCUCCCUCCCCUACCGCUCGCCUCUUCCGGCAGCGGAAGCGACAUCACCGGAAGCGGCGGCGAGGACGACCUUCCUCCCUCGGGCGGGGGCGGCGGAGGGGGAGGAGGCGAGGGCGAUGGUGAGGGCGAGGGCGACGGCAGCGAGGGCGACUCGGUCAACAGGAGGGAGGCCCUGUUUGUUCUGGCGCAACUCGGACGGAAGCUCGAGAGCCUGCCGGCCGACCUCGCCGCGGCCGUGGAGGGCGGCCGCAUCCCGGGCGAGAUCGUGCGGCGGUUCGUGGACCUCGAGGCCUCGCCGGUGUUCAGGUGGCUUCUGCAGUUCGGUGGCUUCAAGGAGCGCCUCCUCGCCGACGACCUCUUCCUCACCAAGGUCGCCAUAGAGUGCGGCGUUGGCAUCUUCACUAAGACUGCUGCAGAGUAUGAGAAAAGGAGGGAGAACUUUGUCAAAGAGCUUGACUUUGUGAUUGCAGAUGUGGUCAUGGCAAUAGUUGCAGAUUUUAUGCUUGUAUGGCUUCCUGCUCCAACCGUGUCUUUACAGCCACCACUAGCGAUGAAUUCUGGAGCCAUUGCUAAGUUCUUCUACAACUGCCCAGAUAAUGCCUUCCAGGUUGCUUUGUCUGGGACGUCAUACUCACUUUUGCAGAGAGUAGGAGCAAUUUUGAGGAAUGGUGCAAAGCUUUUUGCUGUCGGAACUAGUGCCUCUCUGAUUGGCACUGGUGUGACCAAUGCACUGAUAAAAGCAAGGCAGGCUGCCAGCAAGGAUUUUGCCGGUGAAGUUGAGAAUAUUCCAAUUUUAUCAACUAGCGUUGCAUAUGGUGUGUACAUGGCAGUUUCCAGUAACCUCAGGUACCAGGUUUUAGCUGGAGUGAUUGAACAGCGGAUGCUCGAGCCACUACUGCACCAGCACAAACUAGUAUUGAGUGCAGCAUGUUUUGCAGUUCGGACAGGGAAUACGUUUUUGGGUUCCCUACUGUGGAUCGACUAUGCCAGGUGGAUAGGCGUACAGUAGGCUCAAGCAUGGGUACACAAAUGCAGUUGCUCGGAGUUCCAGCAAUAUGGGUUCUUCGUGAUUUUAUAUUACCACGCUUCCUCCAACUGGCAAGUACUCGUUUGCUUCAUGGGAGACUCUUAGGACAGAUUUUGAUAUCAUUCUUUAAACAAUGCCUUGAGGAAAGCGUGAUUUAUCGAAAUUGUUCCCGCAAGCAAGAGAGUGAAUUUGUUUUGAGGGCUUAAGGUUGUGUUGUGCGUGUUGGAUUGGAUUGAUUAAAAUUCGUAGUUUC